AUGGGGACGAUGAUGUGGUACGUCGCAGCUGCCCUGUUGGCAGUGGUAGCCAACCCGUGCGUGGCGGCAUACUACCCUGCGACGCUUGGCGCAGAAGUGACCACUGUACCCGGACUGACGGAGCCCUACCCCUACAAGCACUACUCCGGUUACCUCACGGCCGGCGAAGGACGCCAGCUACACUACUGGUUCUUCGAGAGCCAGCAGUCUCCGUCGUCCGACCCGGUGCUUCUGUGGAUGAACGGAGGACCCGGAUGCAGUUCCCUGGUGGCCACAGUCGGCGAGCUGGGUCCUUUCCGCGUCGGGGACCUGGGUCUGAAUAUGACCCUCAAUCCCGACACCUGGGUCAAGGUGGCGAACGUGUUGUUCCUCGAAGCCCCGGCAGGCGUCGGCUACUCGUACGACCCUACGGGCGUCUACGUGACGGACGACACCCAGACCGCGGAUGACAACUACCUGGCAGUCCAGGACUUCUUCGAGAAGUACCCCGAGUACAAGAAGAACGACUUCUACAUCGCGGGAGAGAGCUACGCGGGCGUCUACGUGCCCACGCUGGCGUCGAGGGUCCUCAAGAACCCCAACGGCAUGCAGUUCAAGGGCAUCGCCAUCGGUAACGGUGCCGUGGACUUCCCUAUCCUGGGAAACUCUCUCAUCUUCUUCGGCAACUACCACGGUCUCUUUGGACAAAGAUUGUGGACUGCCUUGACUCAGCACUGCUGCAACGGUUCCCAGCUUGCUCAGGACUGCAACUUCGGCUGGGACAUCACAGACGACAAAUGCAACGAAGCGGUGGACGAAGCGAACAACAUUAUCCUCCACGGAGGGCUGAACGUGUACAACCUGUACGACCCGUGCAGCUACGGAGAUGAACCCGAACCGGUUGCUUUUGCUUCCCCGAAAAAAAGGUCGAUGAGUCAGCACAAGGCCCAAAGGCUCAUCAUGAAGUCUCUGAACCGUAUCAGCUCGCUGAAUCGUGCCGACUCGCCCGAACCGAUGAACAUCGAUAAUCCCAACUGCGUCAGCGAAGAAAGACUGGACCUUUACUUCAACCGGAACGACGUCAAGGAGGCCCUACACGUCCAGGAAACACCCGCCAAAUGGGAGCCCUGCAGCACGAAGCUCAACUACACCGAGCAGUACCUGUCCGUGCGCGACGUUGUGCGGGAGCUGGUGGAUUCCGGGCGUCUGAGGACGCUCUUCUACAACGGAGACGUGGACAUGGCGUGCAACUUCAUCGGAGGCGAAUGGUUCGUCCAGAGCCUGGGCUACAGGUCCAAAUCGGAGUACAAGACCUGGAAGGCGGGUCUCGUGAUUGGCGGUUUCUUCGAGACAUUCGAGAAAAACAUCACCUUCGUCACUGUCAAGGGCGCCGGACAUAUGGUGCCUCUGGACAAGGCCCCGGAAUCCCUGCGCAUGAUUACCAACUUCCUCACGAACACGCCUUUCUGAGCACGAGGAAUGGAAGGAUGCACGCAACAAAUAAACUCGGGAUGCCGGC